GGGCUGCGGGGCGCGAGCGGAGGAACUCGGGAAUCGACCGCCUCCGGCACCGCCCCAGUCACCUCGCUCUGCGGCCACCCGGCACCAGGAGCAGUCCCAGGCGGCGGCGCGACGGUCCCCGCCAUGUCUGCAGCCAUGAGGCAGAGGUUCGACCAGUUCCUUCACCAGAAGAACUGCAUGACUGACAUCUUGGCCAAGCUCGAGGCCAAGACCGGCGUGAACCGGAGCUACAUGGCCCUCGGUGUCAUCGGGCUGGUGGCUUUGUACCUGGUGUUCGGUUAUGGAGCCUCUCUCCUCUGCAACCUGAUAGGAUUUGGUUACCCAGCCUAUGUCUCAAUUAAAGCGAUAGAGAGUCCAAACAAAGAAGAUGAUACCCAGUGGCUGACCUACUGGGUAGUGUAUGGUGUGUUCAGCAUUGCCGAAUUCUUCUCUGACCUCUUCCUGUCAUGGUUCCCCUUCUACUACAUGCUGAAGUGUGGCUUCCUGUUGUGGUGCAUGGCUCCCAGCCCGGCCAACGGAGCGGACCUGCUCUACACGCGCAUCAUCCGUCCUUUAUUCCUGAAGCACGAGUCGCAGGUAGACAACAUGGUGAAUGACUUGAAGGACAAAGCCAAAGAGACUGCAGAUGCCAUCUCUAAAGAAGCCAAGAAAGCUGCUGUGAAUUUACUGGGUGAGGAAAAGAAGAGCACCUAAAUCACUGACUGGAUGAAACCUUUCUGCCCUCUCUGUACCUUCCUUUUAGAGCUUGAUGUUAUAUUAGGAACUGUGGUAUAAUCAUUUUAAUAAUGUUGCCUUGGAAACAUUUUUGAUAUAUUAAAAAAAGGAAUGUGUAAGUUUUUUUGCUUACUUUUACUGUCUGUAUACACAGGGAACAUUUAAAUUUAAUGCAAUGGGCAGUGUCCAAGUUUUUGGAAAGUACAUUUUGCCUCUGGGUAGGAAAAGACACAUGUCACCAUCCUGCAGGAAAAAUAAACUUAAAAUUAUAUAUCCUACAGGCUUUGUACUUCAGUGGGCUCUCUCUGCAUGCAUUUUCUCUGUACUUUUAGGAUACUCUAUAACGGUCUACUUCAUGUAAUGUACAAUUUUGUAUUAAAUGUUUUUAAUGUAUUUGUGCAUACACACGCAUAGGGAAAUGUUACUGUCUGUGCGUAAUGCUCAUGGGGAGCUCCUGCCAAAGGCUGAAGGUUCCACUGUGCUGGUGUGAUCUGAAUAAUACUUUAGAAAAUUAAUACACAUGAGUAAUGUUUCGAGUGAACAGUUAAGUGAUAAAUGAGGCUGAACUGGAGGCUGGCCUGGUGGUUUUCCUAACAUUGUAGCAGCUGAAUACAAAAACAGCUUUGUAAAGCAGUCAGUUGAGUGAUAAAUGGGGAAAGGUACACACACACAUCACAGCUCCCAGUUCUGCAGAACUACUAAUAUUGUCUUGUAGCUUUUUAAAAAUUGGCUGAUAAGCUUUCAAUCUGUCUGUUUUUAAGAUGCUAUAGUGGAAACCAUCCCUGGUUUCACCUUCAUAGCUGAAUAAUAUGUUGGUUUAGUCUUGUUUCUUUUCCAGUCUUUUUAAAAGCAGUUAAGGAACCUCCAGAGGCUUGCCCACUUCUGAUUACAUGUACAUUCUUGUUUUUAUCAUUAGCAACUACAUGCUAAUGAUGACACCAGGCUCUAAGAGCAAUUCUCGGAGAAGAAAGGAAGUAUGAUAUAACCCAUAAUCCAGCUGGCAGUGGUUAAGACAAACGGCCUUCACCUUCUUUCCCUGGCCUUUAGAGGUCAAACACCAGAUGCUUCCCUAGUUUACAAAUCAGAAUCAUUUGUAGUCCAUUUACACGCCUUCAUCUUUAUGCUUUACUUUGAUAAACUGCACACAACCUCAUAGUUUAAGUACAGAACACAAAGUUAAAAUUAAUGUCACUAGCUUGAUUAGCCACAUAGCUUAUAGGGACCUUGACAACUUGUCUGUACUACAGAAUCUGAGCUUUGCACCAACCAUACUGCUAGGAUGCUUCUGAAUUAGACUAACCUGACCAAAACAAGAGCAUAACAAAACUAACAUUAAAUAUCCAGGCCUGUAAAAUAUUUCUUAAAGCAAAUAAAGAUGAUUAGUUCCCUUUUAGAUAACAAUUAGGUAAAAUCAUGAUGUCUCAUGAAAUCAUUUCUCAUGAAAUAUCAAAGAUAUCAAAAAUAGGGGAUAAUAUCACCCUAAUAUUAUAAUAAUAUGGAUAAUAUCACACCCAUUAUUAUAAUAAUAUUUUUUGGGGGGGGAAUGUGAUGAUAAGGCAUCUUAUUAACCAUACCUUAAAAAACUUUUGGAAAGCAAACAGAAUUACUUGUUAUUGGAAGAAAAUCAAGCCUUAGAUUAAAGAUUUUAAAAAGUACCUCUAGGAGUAUUUAAAUCCCUUUCCCCAUAAAUAAACUAUGCUUUUCUUGGUGACAGAAGAAUGAAAAUUAGCAACUUCUAGCUAAUCAGAAUAUAUAAUCAGAUUGUUAGUAUACAAAAUAUGUAACUUUUAGUAUACAAAGUAUCAGGCAAGGUGGAGCAUACAAGUUACUAUUGCUCAUAACUACUUUACAGGCUAGUAUCAGUUUUAAAACUACUAUACUAAGAAAAUUCUGAAUGCAAUAUUUUUUAUCCCUAUAGCUUUAUCCUGCAGUGCAUUCUGUAAGAAAUUUUAGUUACUGUUUUUGGCAGUCAAUGUGUACAUAUUAAUGACAGGAGAACUUAUGAGUUGAGCAAUUCUGUCUGUUUCGUUUUCCCAAAUAAGAUAUUGCCAUGGCUAGAGUAUUUGAAAAACUAAUCGAGCCUGUGUCUAGCUAUAAGACAAGCAUUUGUUUAUACAUGAACACUAUUUCGGGGAUAUGUAAAGGCAAAGAAUUCCUACGACAAUUCUUCUCCUACUUAAGAGCUUCUGAUUGACAAUUACUGCUACUCUGGGGAGUCUUCUGCCUACAGCCUGAAGAACAUGAGCAUAGCCUUUAAAUAAGUUACCAACUAUCCUGAAGAUGUGAUACAGUAAAUGAAAAUGGAUAUAAAUAAAAUUCCGUUAUCUCAUUGAGCUGUUUUAGUUCAUUUUAUCUGAUGGGGCUUAAAAGACUUUCCCUAAAAACAUACCAACCAAAAAAAGUUUCUACCAAUAAUUAGCAUGAGAUGGAGAGGAAACCUAAACUACUCUUGACCUUUGAAAUAACACAGGUUUGAACUGCACGGGUCCAUUUACAUAUGGAUUUUUUUCAGUAAAUACAUACUACAGUACUACACGAUCUGUGGUUAAUUGAAUAUCCAGUUGCAAAACUGCAGCUCUGGAGAGCCGUUUGUUUGCAAAGUUAUCACUGGAUAGUUGACUGUGAUAGUUGUCAGCUGUACUGCUUUCUACUGGCAUAAUGUAUUACACACAGUCGCAUACAACUACUAGUUGGUGUUAUUAUUUGCAUGUAAGUAUAUUUUGAUGUAGUAAACACAUAUGUGCCUCCAAAUCACUCUGUACUUUAAGAGACCAAGAAAAGAACUUGGGAUUUUAUUAAAAAUACCUACUUCUGGAGGGCGUACUUUGGUCAGCUUCAUCUCCUGCAUUUGCUUAUUACAUGUCUGUAUGUCUAGAAUCAUGGUGUUUAGAGUAAUAGAUACAAUUCACAUCCUUAGCCAUCAAAUAUUACAGUUCUAUAUAAUACAGCAGGAGAAAGUAAAUAUAUUUGAGAAUGACCUUAUUUAAAAGUUUUUCUGGCUGCUUACUACAAUAUUAGCUUAUAAAGUAUCUUUGUAAACACACACCUCAGAGAACUAAGAGAAAUAAAGAGGUUAUUUGGUCAAA